AUGUUCGAGCAAAGGCGUGCUCUUAAGGAAAAAAACGAACUUAUUCAAAAACAUGAAGAAUAUUGUAUGAAAACUGUUUCUAAAAUCUCACAAUAUUUUAGCAAGUUGCAUAAUAUAUUGCAAACUUCUGAACGAAAUACAUUACUAUAUAUAAAACAGGAUGACAUUAAAUUCAAGAAUAAUAUUAGCUCAAUAGAAAACCAAAUAACUAAUAAUAUAAAAAAUUUUGAGAGUAUGAUUCUGUCAUUGCAAAGUUCAGUUAUGGAAGCAAAAAAAGUUCAUUUAAAAAAGUUGGCCGAUUCAACAAAAAAAUAUUUAGAAUGUGUGGCAACACCACCAUUAUUUCCAAAACUUGCGAAAAAUCCAUUUGAGAUAAUAGAAAAUGAAGAUUUGGAAAAAUUACUUAAAGAAUUUUGCCCUUAUAAAGUAAUAAAAGAAACUGAAGAAUCAAAUAAAUUUAUGCAAAUGGCAUCAAAAAAUUUUGAAUUCAAAAAGAAUGAAACACUUUUAGAUGAGACUGAAAAUCCAUUAAUGUCAAGUAUAAUUAGACGAGGUCAAAAAUUUAAUCAAAAAUAUGAUUUUCCUGAUGAAAAAAUAUUAGAUAUGGUCACCGAUAAUACAAAAUUGUCAAUACCACAAAAAUCUAAUAAUAAAGAAUCUCGAAUAAAAAUUCAAAAAGCGAAAGUAUCACAUUUUAAUGAUCCAUUACAUUUUUAUGUUCAAUUUGAUUCAUAUUCUUUAACUGAAAAUCUUUUGAAUGCUGAAUGUACAAAGGAUGCAAAAAUUGCCGAAACUCCCAAUAAAAUUAAUAUAAAUCAUUUAUAUUUAAUUAAAACAAAAUCAAAUGUUUGGGAACGUGGAAAAAUUUUAGAAGAAGUCAAAUCACAAACUUAUCGUGUACUACUUAUCGAUACCGGAGAAACCGUUUUUGCAACUAAACAGCAAAUAAUUGUCAUGUCAAAAGCAUUACAAUCGAAGGAAGCAGGAGCUGAAAAAUGUUCAAUAUUCGGGAUCAAACAAAAAGAAUCUGAAAAAGAGUGGAGUGAUGAAGCUAAAGUCCUGGCUAAGAAUUUGUUACUAAAAAAACUUAUUUUUGUUGCUAUUCUCAAAAAAGACAAAGAUGUUCUUUAUGUGGAUCUUAUCUCAAAAGAUAAUUAUCCUACUUCAUUUAGAAAUGCCUUAAUAUUUACAGAUAUAGCUGAAGAAAUUUAUAUUGAUAACAAGGAAUUAGCGAAUACCGUGAGAUAUUAUAAUAAUUACAAGAUGAAAGAGCUGAUAGCACCACUGAAUCGAAGCUUUUAUCCAAUAAAUGUGACUGAGUUAGCAGAAAUAAAAAUAAGACCAUUAAAUGUGAUUUCUCCAUCAGAAUUUUAUGUUGCUCAACAUGAAUCUACAAAAGAAAUGGAAAACUUGAAGUUGGAACUUAAAGAAAAUUAUAGUAAAAAUUUUAAGAUGAUAUACUGCCCUAGAAAAAAUAUGCAAUGUGCUGUCGAAAUUAAUGAGAACUGGUACAGAUGCAAAGUUAUUAAUGUUCAUGAAAAAUGCGAUGUGGAUGUCUUUCUUGUUGAUGAAGGGCGAUCAGAAACAGUUCGUUACACACAAUUAAGUUUUUUGGAAAAAUCUCAUUGUAUUAUCAACGAAUACUCGUUUAGGUGUAGUUUAAUUGAUAUUGAACCAUUCCAAUCGAAUAACUUGUACUGGACCUCAGAAGCUUUGGUCGAUUUUCAAAGGAUUAUGAAACAUUCAAAUUUAAAAAUAUUAAUUCAUACCAUUAAUCAAAAAAACCACUCUGUUACACUUAAAAUAAUACAAAAACAACGUGAAAUGAAUGUUAAUGCUUUAUUAGUCGAAUAUAAACAUGCAAUAUCAACUGGUCCUGAAUCAGUAGAUGUUACAACAUUUAAAACUAAGUCCCUAGUCUCAUUUUCUAAGGAAAAAGAUAACUUAAAAGAAAAAAUUUCAAAAAAUAUAAAAACAACCAUAAACCCAGAAGGAUCAUUAACUGCAGGAGGUUCAGUAUCUCUAAAUCAAAAUUCAUCAAAUUUUCAACGUGAAGAAAUUAUUGUUACCCAUAUAGAAUCACCUGGUGAAUUCUAUAUUCAGCUUGAAAAAUUUUGCGAUGGCAUUAUUAAACUUCAUAAAUUUUUACAAAAGUAUCAAGAACAAAUUCUAAGCGAAAAUCCAGAAUAUCAAAUAAAAUAUAACUGGAAAAUUAAUGAUAAUUGCUUAGUAUUUUUAUGUUUAUCUGAAACAACAGUGAAAGAAUGGUAUCGUGGUAAUAUUAUAGAUAUCAAAGAAUGCAAAACUUCAGACAAAAGAAAUAUUUCUUAUACAGUUUAUCUAAGAGACCACGGGAAAAAAAUUGAAAAUAUAUGUAAUGAACAAUUAUCUCCAAUACGAUCUUGUGAUGCUCGUAUUUGUAAUGCUACAACAAAAUGUCAUUUAGCAUGUGUAAAACCAACGGGAGGAACAGGUAUAUGGUCGAAAGCUGCCAAAGAUCAGUUAAAAUCCUAUAUUUCUAAAUAUGAAAAGCUUUAUGCAACCGUUCAAGGGGAAAACGUCAACAAUUCCAUUCCCGUAAUUUUAUGGGGUUUUUGUACUGAAGUAUCGGAUGCUCUUUCACCGACAAUAUAUAAAUAUGUUAACAUUAAUAAAACUUUACAUAGUUUAGGCUUUGCUCAGUUAGUUGAAAGAUUUGAUCGAGAUAAACAAAUUAUGAAACUUACUGACGUGAUCAAUCAAAAUGAAAUAGAAGAUUUGGAACAAAUAAUGAAAAGUGUUGACCUCCAAAUUGAAAAAGAAUCUAAUGAAAUGAAACAAACUGAAACUGUUACAGAAAGUGAGAGUGAAUUAGAAAAUAGCGAUUUCUCUGAUAAUGAUGAUAGCUGCGAAAUUUGGCCACAAUGCUCUAUUGACAAAACCUUAUUCACCGCAUACCCAACGUACGUAGAUUACAAUGGGUGCAUCUAUCUUCAUGAUGCUACAAAAGAAAGUCUUUUAGAAAAAAUAAAAAAAUAUCUUAACAAGAAAUUUAAAAAUCACAUUAAUACAAACAAUGAAAUAACAGAUUUUCAACCUGGUGAGGCUUGUAUCGCCCGAUAUCAUGGUGAUUCACUAUAUUAUCGAGCCGAAAUAAUUUCUGUAUCCAAUGAUGUAAUUCAAGUUUGCUUUGUUGAUUACGGUAAUGUUGAAGAAUGUAACAAAGAUGAAAUAAUAAGGAAAACUUGCUUCAAAAAAACUCCACGACUAGCAGUUAAAUAUGAGCUUUAUGGUAUUGAACCAAAUGCUUUGGAUGGAAAAUGGACAAAAGAUACCUUGGACUUAAUGCAUAUAUUAAUUGUGACAAAACUAUGUUGUGUUACCGUCAAAACUACCAAAAAGGAAACAUCAACAAAGCAGUGUUCAAUUAAAAUUGAUGCAUUGGAUCUAUCCGAAUACUUGAUUGAACAAAAUUUAGCUAGGCGAAUACAGUCUAAUUUACCUGAAAAUUCUACGAAGGAAAGUGACAAUUCUUGCACUUUUCUAAAAUACUUGGACAAUAACAAAGGUAUUGAAAAUAUUGAGGAAGCUAACAGCAAUAUCGUAAAGUACGAUGAUUACGACACAAAAUAUUCUAGUAAUAAUAGUACCAAUUUAAUAGCAAACACCAAAUCAAAUUCUUCUUCAGAAGAUGAAGCUGAAGUAUGGCUUAAUAAACAGAAAUUAAUUUCAAACAUAAAUAAAAAAGAUUUUUUUGAAUACAAAGAAAUAUUUCAAAAGGAGGAACUUAACAAAUUUUGUGCAUCUGUUAUAUCUAAGUCAAAAUCAACAUCAUUUUCUGCAGAUGAGGUUGAUUUCGACUGCACAUUUCAAUCUUGGAGUGAAAAAGAUCGUCCAAUAACCAACCCUUACAAAGCCGAAGAAUCCGUAUCACUAUUAUCAGACGAAAAAGACAACGACCUUUCCUCCAUGGAACCUUUUGAUCCAAUAGAUACCUCAACAGUUGUUCCGCGUUUUGAUGGUAUGGAAAAUUUUAAGUAUUAUCAGUUGCCUUACGGUUUGAAAGAAUUUUAUUGUGAGGUGUAUUACAUUGAUAAUUUAACUAAAUUCUUUAUAUCACCGGUUAUUGCUGAUCUCCAAAAACAAUAUAUAGACAUGAUGAAACGGAUUCAAGCAUUUGUAAAAAGUUCAAGAAGUAAUAUGAUUGAUAUAGAACCUAAAAAGCCAUGUUUAGCUCUGUUUAAUGAAGAUGGUAUGUAUUAUCGCAGCAUUAUUAAAGAAAUACACCCCACAUUAAAUAAAGCAGAAGUAUUAUACGUUGACUAUUUUAACACGGACUGUGUUCCAUUUUCAAAUAUCAGAAAAUGCCCCAAUGAAUUCAUGAACUAUCCUUUGCGGAUAUUACCCGUUCAAUUGCGUAAAAUUAAACCGAACCCAAGAUGGAGAGAAUCUGACAUAAAAUCAAUUCUAAGUGAAACUUUAAAUGGUAAAAAAAUUUUCGUAGAAGUUAUUAAACUAGGAAAAAUUCCAGAGGUACAAUUUUUUGUAUCAAACAACAACAGAAGUUCAAUUUUAAAAGACUUUGAGUAA